AUGGACAACAUUCGUGGAAAACUCCCAUUCCGGAGCAAAUCGUGUCGAUCCGCGGGAUACUCGUUCAAGGCAGUCGUCAAACGACUCAGAGAGUCUUCGAUCCGCGGAAUGAGCAAUAUCCAUGAGUCCACAGUGAUCAACACGCAGCAAAGAAAAUCUACUUCUGAAACAGAAGAAGUCAGACGGAAUCCGAUUCGAAAGGCUUUGAUGCCACAAUAG